CCAAAAACCCCCGGAGAAAAACGAGAGGAGGACAUUGCAUACGUAAGGUGAGAACGGAGAAAAAGAGAGGACAGAAAGAGGGAGGGCAACAAGGCCAAAGAAUCUAGGGAGUGAGAGAGAAAAGGAUUGCAGGGAUUCUUUGAACAGCGGCACAGAUGACCGCUGUUCUACCCUUGGUCUGUUUCCUCUUCCUCAUCGCCAUAUCCUGCCCCUCCGCCGCUGCCCAGGAGGUGGUGGCGGAGGGGAAGGCUCCGACGUCGGACUUGUUGGCCCUCCUCCAACUCAAAGACUCGUUCGCAAAUGCCGGGGGCCUCUCCUCGUGGUCGGCCAACGGCAGCCUCCCAUGCAAGUGGACCGGCGUCUUCUGCACUAACAAUGUCGUCAUCGGCCUAAACCUCGCCAACCUUGGACUCUCCGGCAAAAUCGACAUUGACGCCCUGGCCCCGUUGAAGGGCCUCCGAGCCAUCAACUUCAACAACAACUCCUUCUCUGGCCCCCUUCCCGCUGCCCUCUCCCGCCUCGGAGCCCUCAAAUCCAUCUACCUCGCUGGCAACAAGUUCUCCGGCUCCAUCCCGUCCGACCUCUUUGCCUCCAUGAGCCACCUCAAGAAGCUUUGGCUCGACCACAACGAUUUCUCCGGCCCGGUCCCCUCCUCGCUCGCCAACCUAGCCUAUCUCAUGGAGCUCCUUCUCGAUGACAACGCCUUCGAGGGUGCAAUCCCCGACUUCUCCUCCAAAGCUCUUAAGACCUUCAACGCUGCGAACAACAAACUCUCUGGCCCCAUUCCCGCCUCCCUCGCCCACUUCGACGCCGCCGCCUUCCAAGGCAAUACCGCCCUCUGCGGCGCCCCACUCAGUUCCACCCCAUGCAGCACCACCCCGCCGACAACGACGACGCCAGCGUCGUCGGAAAAGGAAUCCGGGUCCGGCAAGAUGGCGGUCAUUUUGGUCAUUGCCGCCUUGCUGCUCUUCGCGCUGGUCUCCGCAUUACUGAUAAUUCGGCAGCGGCAGCGGGACAAGGAGUCGAACACGCUCGGCGCUGACGUUGCCGAGGCUGAGGCCGUGGAGGCGGCCAACCCGGUCCCGGCCUCAUCGGAGUCGAGCCACAAGCAAAAGUCGGUCGGGUCGAGCCACAAACCGUCCGGCUCGAGCAGAUCCGGUUCAGCGCUAGCCGGGGGCGCCGGAGCCGGCGGAAGCGCGGGGGAGCUGGUGAUGGUCAACGAGGAGAAGGGCGUCUUUGGUCUCGCCGAUUUAAUGAAGGCCUCCGCCGAGGUACUCGGCAACGGCGGUCUCGGGUCGACCUACAAGGCCGUCAUGGCCAGCGGCCUCGCCGUCGCUGUUAAGCGCAUGCGCGAAAUGAACCGUGUCGGGAAGGACGCUUUCGAAGAGCAAAUCCGGCUGCUCGGAAGACUCCGGCACCCCAACGUCCUAACGCCGUUAGCCUUCCAUUACCGGAAAGAGGAGAAGCUCGUGGCCAGCGAGUACGUCCCGAAGGGCAGCCUUGCAUUUAUCCUUCAUGGGGAUCGCGGCCCGGAUCACAGGGCGUUGGAUUGGCCGACGAGGCUAAAGAUCAUACGAGGAAUCGCGCGAGGAAUGGCGUACCUCCACGGCGAGCUGGCUGCGCUCGACGUGCCCCAUGGGAAUCUUAAGUCCGGGAACGUCCUCCUCGGCCCCGACUUCGAGCCGCUGCUCGUCGACUAUGGUUUCCUUGGGUUGGUCGCCCAGUCGCAAGCGUCGCAUGUCAUGUUCGCGUACAAGUCUCCUGAGACCCUGCAAGACCGCCAUGUGUCUCCGAAAUCAGACGUGUAUUGCCUUGGGGUGGUGAUACUGGAGGUUCUCACCGGGAAAUUCCCGUCGCAGUAUUUGAACAACACGAAGGGCGGGACGGACGUGGUGCAGUGGACGGCGUCGGCGAUCGCGGAGAACCGGGAGGCCGAAUUGCUGGACCCGGAGAUCACGGGAGGGGACAUGGCCUCGGAGCCGGUGAUGGUGCGGCUCCUGCAGCUCGGCGCGGCGUGCGCCGACGUGGAUCCAGACGAAAGGCCCAAUAUGAAGGAGGUGGUCCAGUUCAUCGAGGAGAUAACCGUCGGGCCGUUCGGGCCGCUGCCGUCACUGAAGAACAGCCACGCCGACGUGGCGCUGAGCGCACCGGAGCCGGCGCCAGAGGGCGCGGGGAGUGGGGGGACUACCGGCGAACGGCUGACCGGCGAUAACUUGCCCUUUCACGGCGCACGAUGACGGGGCGAAAUGACGAAAUAGCCCUAUCACUUCGGGGGCCGGGGGCAAGGAAGCCGCAGAUUGAGCGCAUUUUUGGGAGGAUAGACACAGAAGAGUGGUGGGUGGGAUUGCAAUUAUAUGAAUGGAUGGGGAGUUUAUUAGUAUGCUAAUAUGGUUGAGGGUCAUAUGUAUUGUGCAAUGAUAUCCUACACUAUAUGCACCAAUGUAACUAUACAUCAUAUGCCAAUUACUUUUCAUAAUCGAAAAAAUUAUUGUAUGUACUGCAUGCAUGACCUUGCUGAUGCACGCUAUCAGUUGUACAGAUGUAUUGCAAUCAGCUCAUCAUGGAGAUGAGCGCGAGAUGAAUAAAAUCCCUGCUAAUACGUCUCUUGAUAGAUGGCAUGCAUCAGUAUGGAUAUCCAUAGUGCAUACAAUAAUUUCUUUUUAUGACGGGCA